AUCAUCAUCUGAUAAAUGAAGUUGAAAUUUAUUUUAACUUUUGCAGUUGCAAUUGGUGUAGCUUUAGCUAACAAGGAGUUGUUCAGUUUACACAAAGACUUAAUUAUCAGACCUUCAAUCACCAGAAAUGAAACCCUGGCUGUUGAUUUCUUAAGUAAUUAUUUAGAGCAGAAUGGAUGGAAAGUUGAAUUACAAGACGUUAUCAAUCCAAACAUCGAUAGCUCAAUAAAGAGACAAAAUAUAUUCGCAUACCUCAACAAACCAGAAGAUGUUAAGAUCUUAUUGAAUUCACACACUGACGUUGUUCCACCUUAUGUUGAAUACAAAGAAACUGUAGAUGACCAAGGUCGUGAAUUGAUCUAUGGACGUGGUGCAAAUGACGCCAAAGGUCAGAUCGCUGCACAAGUUAUUGCAGUCGAAGAAUUGCGAAAGAAGAAUCCAGAAAUCGUCAAACAUGUUGGUGUUUUAUAUGAUCCAGGUGAAGAAGGUAUCUUUGAUGGUGCAACUUUCGCUCAAGAGAUACUUCCAAAGAAUUUAGAAUAUGUUAUCGUAGGUGAACCAACUGAAUUAGUUCAAAUUACUGGUCACAAAGGCAAUAUGGGCUUCGAGAUUAGAGCUAAAGGUUUAGCUGCACACUCUUCUUCCCCACAUUGGGGUGUAAAUGCGAUUGAGAAACUUUCUGAAGCUAUUUUGAAACUUGAAAGCGUGACUUUGCCGAAGGACAAAUUAUUGGGUGAUACAACAAUGGCAGUAACUAAAAUCAGUGGAGGUACAGCUAUGAAUAAGGUACCAGAUGAAGCGACUGCAUACGUAAACGUUAGAACCUCAGUACCAUCAGAAGAAACUUGGAAAGCGAUUAAAGGAUCAGGAUUAGAAUCGGAAUGGAUCGAUUUAGUCUUAGUGGAUGAUCCUCAUGAUCCUGUUAUCCUUGACACGAUAGAGAACUGGAGAUCAAGCCAAACAAUGCCAUUCGGUACAGAUUUAUUCGCAUGGAAGCAUCCGACCGUCAAGAAAAUAUUGAUUGGUUGUGGCUCAGUUGCAAGUGCUCACAAAUUAGAUGAGCAUAUCUAUAAGCAGGAGUUGUUAGAUGGUGUUGACAUGUAUGUCGAAUUGGUCGAAGGGCUUCUAACCGGAAAAUUGAAAGUUGCAGGUGGACAUACUAAACAUGAAAAGGACGAGUUGUAAUGACUGAAUACGAUGAUUGAUUAUUUUCCAAAUUAAGCGCUAGUUUUACAGUGAUAAUCUUUGCUAGGCUGCUGAUCGAUUUAACUAUCAGUUUCAAACAUUCUGGCAAUUUGUGGGAAUAAGACAUGUUGUUUACCAAUUGUGUAAACCACCCAAAACUUUUGAAGCACUAAACGCUCGACUAGUUCCAUCCUAAGCUAGUUGCUCCUUUUGACUAGUAGGUUGUUCAGAAACCAUCGCAGUUGAUGUGCAGAUUGAUGUGAUGUUUGUGUGUGGACGAAGUGGUUU